AUGCGGGCUCAGAAGGUACCCGCUACCUUGCUAAUGUUGCUCUUUGCAAUAGAAGCUCUAGAUGCAAAUCGGAGAAAGCAGAAGGAAAAAAUAGUACCACCCAUCAUAAACAUCUGUGAUAUAAGCGACAGAGACUCCAAAGUACAUUGUUAUUGUGAAUUCAGCCAAGAAAUAAACGAAGCAGUGAAAACUGAAUGCUGGGUUUUCAACGGAGGUAUCGAGAAAACAGAUCCACUCUGGACUAGUUUCAAUUCCCAAUCAAAUAUAGAAACGCUGGCUUUCAACGUAAGAGCAGACGGUGGUCUAGACUUCGUACCAACGAAAGUGCUCAGAUAUUUGAGAAAAUUGAAACAUGUCAGUAUGAAGUACAGUUCGAUACCGAAGAUCGAAGCGAACACGUUCGUCAAUAUAACUUCGGUGCAGGAGAUAACGCUAACGAAGAAUCAAAUUUCAUUUCUGAGCAAACAUUCGUUUUACAACUUACCCAAUCUCACAGUUCUGACAUUAGAUGAAAACAGAAUAAAGGAGAUCGUAACAGACACGUUUUACGAGCUUCCAGCAUUACAGAAAUUAUAUUUAACUAGCAAUAACAUAAGUGUCAUCCAAGAUGGAGCGUUUCGACUUCUCGUGAAUUUAUUGGAGUUAGAAUUGGACAGAAAUAAUAUAAGUGAGUUGAGGAAAGAGUGUUUUGAUGGUCUCGCUAAUUUGAAACGCUUAGAUUUAAGAAGAAAUAAAUUGUCUGUACUAAACUCGUUUACGUUUACUGAGUUGUGGAAUUUGCAGACACUUUUGUUAGACUAUAAUGAUAUUUAUAUGUUGGCUCAGAGGACGUUUGAUGGUCUAUCGCUGUUGAAAAAGUUGAGUCUAAGUCAUAAUAAACUAGUGACACUAGCCGGUGGAUUAUUUGAAGGAGUGAGGGGCUUGUCGGCUUUGGAUUUAAGGCAUAACAAAUUAAAGAGAUUCACAAUUGAUAAUUUAAAACCGAUCUAUGACAAUCUCAAGAAUCAAAACAGUUACCUCUAUUUGGAAGGUAAUGAAUUCUCUUGCGACUGCCACCUGGCUUGGAUGCAUAAGCUCCGACAAGAAGCGAAGAGCGUAAAAAUAAGAAUGUCACUCGAAAAUUUCGCAUGCAAAUUAAACGGUGACCCAUCUUUAAAUUCACACUUCACUUACUUCGAAAGGAGCGUCAUAAAUUCAAAUAAUCUUGAAGAAAAGAAAGAUUAUUCCGAUACAGAUGAUGUUUUUCACGAUGAAAUAGAUGAUGUUUACUCUGAAGACACGAAUGUCGUUAGAGAAGAAAAUGAUAGAAUAUUAUUACAAAUACCGAUUGAUUUGUUGCCAUGUCCGCAAGAAGUGAAAACCGUCACAGACAGGACGUACACGUAUCCUUCGCAGAACGAGGCUAAAGAUUACAGGAACCUUAUACAAACGUCCAAAUCAUCGGCGAUUCACAAAAACGUAUCUUUUUUCCUCGCUUUGUGCAAUUUAUUAUUUAGCCCUUACAAGGGUGAACGUGAAACUCUUAAUGCUUUUCUCACGAAUUGCCAAAACGCUCUAGAUCUGGCGUCGCAUAGUCAAAAGAUCCUAAUAAAUAAGUACAUUCUGUCACGCUUAGAAGGUAAAGCUCAAAUUGCAUGUUCUAACAAAGUUUUUGAUGAUUUUAACCAAUUGAAAUGUUUUCUUAAACAAAACUUCGGUGAAAGAAAACAUUACAACCAUCUGUUGUUAGAUCUACAGUCGUGCAGGCAAUUAUCAAAUGAAACUGUUGCGCAAUUCGCACUCCGUGUCGAAACUAGCCUCACUGAUUUACAAUCGGAAAUUUACAAUUCAGAAUCCUUAAAAAAGGAUUUAUCCGGUCGCAUAGCUAUGACCGAAGAUCUGGCUUUAUUUACCUUUUCUCUAGGAUUACAUCCCCAGCUCAGUAAUAACGUUAGAUGCAGGAGCCCGAAAUCCCUUAACGAUGCAAUUAAUAUCGCUCUUGAAGAAGAGAAAAUUCAAAAUUUAAUGUAUAAAACCAACAGACCUAAAUGUAAAAUCUGUGGUAAACAGGGUCAUUCCGAAUCCGAAUGCCGUGAAAAAUAUAAACGCACGGGUCCACCACGUAACUCUUCAGACCCUCAACCAUCAACAUCCAAUAACUCAGGGUCAUUUAGUAACCAGCUUUUCUGCAAAUAUUGUAAAAAUAAGGGUCAUGAUAUUUCUCAAUGCCGCAAAAGGAAAUAUAACAAUGAGCGGCGUAAUUUACAAAGUAAUUCUAAUAAUCGCGACAAGCCAGCGGACAUGCAUCAUAUUACAUACGAUUCGCCGGCGCCGUCACCCGAACCUUACCAAGAACCAUGUGAACAUGACCAUACUGAUGACACUGAUAACCCUUUAAACUAA